AUGCUACGCGCCAUCGUUGCCUCGACCGCCCGCCAUGCCGUGAAACUCGUUGCAGUACCGGCGCUGCCAUUGCGGCGCAACUUCUCAACCGUCUCCUUCCUCUCCAAGGGCGUCAACCAUCCCCCGCGACCCAAACCCCCACCGGAGACCGAAAUCGAUGAAUCCUUCCUCAAGGGUAGCGGGCCGGGUGGGCAGAAGAUCAACAAAACCAACUCGGCCGUCCAACUCAUCCACCGCCCCAGCGGCCUAGUCAUCAAAUGCCAAGAGACGCGCUCGCGGUCGCAGAACCGCAAGAUCGCCCGGCAGCUACUGGCCGACAAGCUUGAUGACCUGACGCACGGCGACCAGAGCCGCGCUGCCAUUGUGAGCGAGUUCAAGCGGAAGAAGCGUGCCAGCUCUGCCAAGAAGAGCAGGCGCAAGUACCGGAAGCUUGAAGACGAGAAGAAGGCGGGUGCGUUCGCAGGAGAAGAAGAGCAGGGGGAGGAGAGCGAGGGUGAAGAGAAGGAAGGCGAGGAUGUGAACGAGACUGUUUUGAGGGAUGUCGACGAGUCAAUUCAGACAGAUACUGACGAGGUGACGCCUGAGGUAGCUACUAAGGUGGCUAUUGAGGAGGACAAGAAAGAGAACAUGGAUGCGGUUCUUGUCGUAAGCGGGAGAUUGUCGCGCUCGUGA